CCACGCCCAUCUACAGGGGUCUCACCAGAACCAGGCAUUUACUCAAUCACAUCAGUACCAGAAAAAUUGCAUACAACCUCCAGUUUCUGGUUUUCUAUCAAUUAAUCCGCCACUAGAAUCAAGGCUGGAGUAGCUUUCUGAUUCUGAUUAUGGACUCAGUUGCCGUAGCAGGACUUCUGCUCCUUGGCUUAUGGAAAUAUGAAGGAAAACUGGGGCAGUUCACACAUGACCUCAGUUCGUUGAAAAUAUUCCUGAUCCCAUUUCUUUGUGUUUGAUCAGACGACUUCCGGUCUCCCACUAGCCCAAGUAAAGCCAAGAAAGUUGCCGUAGAAAAUUAGCUAUGCCUCGGGCUCGUGCCUGUUUAGUUGGAUCCCACCAGGUUUGGUUCACUGAACGUGGGGAAAAGCUGAUCGCCAUUGCAGCAUCUCCGGCCGAAGCAUGAGAGCCUGCUAUCCGUAGGUCAACGAGGUCGUCGCUUCCCCAUCUUUAGCGCCUGCGGAAACCUGGCAUCGGAGCAGUACGGCGGCCGAGAUGGAGGUUCAGAUGGUUGGAGGAGCCAGUCCCAACCCCAUGAACAGUCACGCCAACCACCAACAUGUGAUCACGGUGGCGACGGAGGCGGCAAGGGACUGGUCAUCCGUACUGCAGCGGAGGCUCGGCCAUAGGCCGACCCGUCUGAAGCAUUCAGCCGGCAGUGACUCCUGCUGCAUCUUUAGGGUCCCUGGGACGCUGCGCGAGGUUAACCCCAAGGCCUACAGGCCCCGCAUCGUAUCCAUCGGCCCGUACCACCAUGGGAAAGAAGAGUGCGUCCAGAUGAUCGAAGAGCACAAGCCGCGGUUCUUCUCCACUCUCGUCUCCAGAACCAGAAUUGAUUGCAACGAUUACUUCAAUGCCAUCGCAUCUAGGGAAGAGGAGAUUCGAGAUUGUUACUCUGAGCCACUCAACUUCGGAUUCGUGGAGCUGAUUGAGAUGAUGGUCCUCGACGGCUGCUUUAUCAUCGAGUUGUUCCGAGUGAUCGAGGGCAUCAUCACGCCCGACCCCGACGACCCGAUCUUCAACAUGCUGUGGACGUUCACUGCGUUCAUGCGCGACUUCCUUCAUCUCGAGAACCAAGUCCCCUUCUUCGUCCUCCAAACGCUCUACGAUAUGUCGAAGGGCCCUGGUGAUGACGACCAGUACUCUCUCGUCAAGCUCGCACUGCGGUUCUUCAACUAUGGCGUGCAGCGGCCGCCGGAGGUCCUUGAGAAGUACUACGAUGUCUCGGACGUCAAGCACUUGCUCCACCUGAUCCACAUGAGCUUUAUCAACCUCCCUCCGGAAGAUCCGAGGGAAUUCGACUCUGAGUAUCUGCAGCUGGUCCAGUCAGUCAUGAAGCUCCGCCGCUCAGGAGUCAAAUUCAAGCCAAGGAAGUGCGACGGUUGGCUCGAUAUUCGGUUCAACAAGGGAGUGCUUGAGAUCCCCCCGCUGACGAUCGAUGAAUUGACCAGCUCCUUCUUCCUCAACUGCGUUGCGUUCGAGCAGUGCUAUUGCUACUGCUCGCAGCAUGUCACUAGCUACGUGACUUUCAUGGGGUGCCUCAUGGCCACCGCGGACGACGCGAGCUUCUUAUCGGAUCACCACGUGGUGGAGAAUUACUUCGGGACCUCCCCCGAGGUUGCAAGCUUCUUCAACAACUUGGGGAAGGACGUGGGGUUCGAUAUUAGCAGGAGCUAUCUGGCUGGAGUGAUGGAGGACCUGAACAGAUACCAUAGGAACCGGUGGCGGGUGCGGUGGACGGGAUUGAAGCGGAAGUACUUUGGUACUCCAUGGUCUUUCAUUUCGGCACUGGCGGCCUUCAUUAUUCUAGUGCUCACUUUCAUUCAGUCUUUCUUUGCACUUUACGCAUACGUGCGUCCUCCAUAGCAAUCCUAGCAGUUUGUGUAUCUAUAUGCUUUCCUGGGUUCGGCAUCCGUAAUGAAAUUUGACUGCUGAAUUGCGUCUUCACAUAGUUGCGAACUUGCGAACCGCAUCAUACACUAAUGCAGGAACGUUAGAAUGACCCAGAUAUGUCUUCAAAGAGGAUCUCCCACAUCAUUAGCGUGAAUGUCCCUUGCAGUUAAACACAAACCCUGCCUCAGCAGAGGUCUUGUAGAAAGUAUGUUCUUCCAUAAGAAGGAUGCUGAUUGUCGGACAUUCUCGAUUAGUGAUUCACUGAAGUUCCUUCUCACCCCAUUUUACCGGCGCCACUCUUACGCACAAGCUGCAACAUAUUCUGAUUGGGUCCUGUGAGAAAUUGCCAUCCUAGUCUGGGACAUCACAGCUUGGUUGAGGUCUUGAGACCUCCUGAAACAGAGGUCACCACAUUGAAUUGGCCCCCGACUUUCAAGUGCCAUUUUCCCCCCUGAACUUCCUCGCCAGCACAUCCAAAUUGUUAUCCACACGGCGUUUCAGCUUCUGCGUUGAGAUGGUGUAAGCAGAGACUGAGCUCCUAUCAAACCAGCCUUCCGCCUUCACGCUCGAGGGAAGGUUAUGCAUUCACAUGCUGCAAGAUUGGCUCCAUUUUUCUAAUUGAUAAUUUCUAGCCGCGGAAUUAAAAGCAUUUCGUCUGUUUUUUUA